GUCAGCAGAGCCCGGCAGAGGCUCUGCGCCCUGGCCCCCGGCAGGCGUCCACGGGCAGGCAGCCCCGGACCUGCACCCGAGGAAAACAGGUUCUCGGAGUUUUUCUGGUUUGCUCCCAGCUCUCCGCUGGACGAUCUAUUUCUGUCUUUCCUUUGGGAAAAGCGUGCUUUGCCAAUGAGUCAUCGCCGCGGUGUGGGGUUGCUGUCACCUGUCACCUGCGUGGCAGGACCCGAGCCCGUGCGGGGAUGAGCUAGGCUGCGGCUGCGUCCGGCCAGCACCAGCUGCCCCGCCCGCGACAGAGCCCGCAGAAGCCUUCCCGCCCUGUCCCUGUCACGGAACUCUGGCAUGUGGCCGUCACAGUGACUGUCCCCCGGGGGGCUGGCCCACCUGUCCAAGGAGCAGCUGCCUCCCCGCGGGCCGAGGGCAGAGCCGCUGGAUGGAGCUUGGGACCUGGACCCCUCAUGUCUGUCCUGCUGAUGCUGUGUGUGGUGCUCUCGGCCCUGGUGACCCCAGGCCGAGGCGCCCGGAGAUGGGAGCCCUGCACAGACCUGCGCCCCCUGGACAUCCUGGCAGAGGCCGUCUCUGCACACGGAGCUGCAGGUGGAAUCAGGGUGACACAGGCCCACGGCGUGCGAGGACUCCAGCUCUCGGCCGCCGCCCCCCAUGCCGUGAGCUUCCCGGCAUCAAGGAUUUUCUUCCGAUGUGACCUCUUCCCUGAAGAAUUUUCGAUCGUCAUAACCUUGAAAGUUCCCACUCUUCCCCCGAAGAAGAACGAGUACCUGUUCACAGUGCUGGCAGAGGAGCCGGAUGCCCUGCUGCUGGGCCUGCGGUACUCGCCCACCCGGCUGCACUUCCUCUUCCUCAGCCAGGACACGGCGGGGGCCUGGCAAACCCGGGUGACCUUCCGCAGCCCCGCUCUGAUGGACAGCCAGUGGCACACGCUGGUCUUGGCCGUGUCCGAAGGAUCCUUUUCCCUCACCACGGACUGCGGCCUCCCGGUGGACAUAAUGGCUGACGUGCCCUUCCCGGCCGGCCUGUCAGUGCGAGGAGCCCGGUUCUUCGUCGGCAGCAGGAAGAGGACCAAAGGCCUGUUCACGGGCUUGGUGAGGCAGCUGGUCCUGCUGCCCGGCUCAGACGCCACCCCGCGGCUCUGUCCCUGCCCGAGUGCCGAGCUGGCCGUGCUGUCCAUCCCUCCUGUCCUGCAGGGUAUCCCAGGGAAGCCAGAAGAUAAUGAGGUGCUAAAAUAUCCCUAUGAAACGGACGUGAAGGUGACGCUAGGCUCCCGGCCUCCGUGCACCAGGAAGGAGGCCGCCCAGUUCUGGUUCGACGCCAGCCGGAAGGGGCUGUUCCUGUGCGUGGGCAGCGAGUGGGUCUCCGUGUUAGCAGCGGCCAGGGAGAAGCUGGACUAUGUGGAGGAGCAGCAGAGCCUCCUCACCACCUCGGAGACGCUGGGCCUGGAGGUCUUUGCCAUCCCCGAGGCCGGGCUCUUCGUGGCGGCUGCCAACCGCAAAGCCACGUCUGCCAUCUACAAGUGGACAGACGGCAAGUUCGCCUCAUACCAGAACAUCCGCACGCACCAAGCCCAGUCCUGGAGACACUUCACCAUCGGGAAAAAGGUCUUCCUGGCUGUGGCUAAUUUCGAGCCGAAUGAGAAGGGUCAGGAGUUCUCCGUCAUUUACAAGUGGAGUCAGAGGAAGCUGCGCUUCACGCCUUACCAGAGGGUCCCCACCCACAGCGCCCGGGACUGGGAGGCCUUCGAGGUGGCUGGGGAGCACUUCCUGGCCGUGGCCAACCACCGGGAAGGCGACAACCACAACAUCGACAGCGUCAUCUACAAGUGGAACCCGAGGACGCGCCUCUUCGAAGCCAACCAGACCAUCGCCACGUCCGGCGCCUACGACUGGGAGUUCUUCACCGUGGGGCCCUACUCGUUCCUGGUGGUGGCCAACGCCUUCAACGGCACGUCUACAAAGCUGCACUCGCACCUGUACGUCUGGCUCCUCGGCUCCUUCCGGCUCUUCCAGGCCUUCCUGACGUUCGGCGCCGCCGACUGGGAGGUUUUCCACAUUGGAGAGAGGGUCUUCCUCGCGGUCGCCAACAGCCACAGCUACGACGUGGAGAUGCGCGUGCGCAACGACUCCUACGUCAUCAACUCGGUCAUCUACGAGCUGAACGUCACCGCGCAGACCUUUGUCAAGUUCCAGGAGAUUCCCACCUGCAGCGCCCUGGACUGGGAGUUCUUCUCGGUGGGAGAGGACUACUUCCUCGUGGUGGCGAACUCCUUCGACGGGAACACCUUCUCUGUCAACAGCAUUAUUUACAGGUGGCAGGGCUAUGAGGGCUUCGUGGCGGUGCACAGCCUCCCCACCUUCGGCUGCAGAGACUGGGAGGCGUUCCGCACGGCGGCCGGCUCCUACCUCGUCUACUCCAGCGCCAAGGAACCGCGCUCCCGCGUCCUGAAGCUGAGGACGGGCUGACGGCCCCCUGCACACCCCGGAGGCCUGGGGAAGCCCGUGGUCCUGGUCCCUAGCCCACACCUGGCAGGGACGGCCGCCCACCCCCUGCCCUGGGCACCGCGGGGUCGGACCGGGCGGCUGGCAGGCGGGUCUCAGAAGCCCCGGGCUGCCCUGCAAGGCUGCGCGUCCCACGGGGAUUUCUCUUUGAGAGGAAAGUUCCCACCAGACAUUACCUCAGCGCCCACGGGGUCCCCGUCCAUGGCCCUGGCCAGCCCUGGCGGAGCAGGCUCCGUGCGGAUGUUGUUUUCUACCAACUAUUUAUCGUGUCCUGUCUACACAGAAAUAUAUUUAUGGUGCUUCUA